ACUUGGUGAAACAACAUUUGUGUUUGACAGGUCUGGCAUAGAAGAAGUCUAUAAUGAAAGAGAACAUAUGCUCCAAGAAGCCAGCGAGUUAAUGAAAGAGACCUGCUCAACUACACCAGCAAAAAAGAAAAAAGUGGAAAACAAAGCGAAAGAUAUGAUUGAAAAGACACGCAAUGAAAGAGAGGCUAUGGCACUGCUGGCCUUUCUGAUGUGGAUGACACUUUAAUCGACCAUGAUUACGGUGUUUGUGUUACAGUCGACGUUGACACAGAAAAUAAUAAUAAGUCUGUACAAGAUGUUGGAACUGCAAAACAGAUAUCUGUACAAGAUGUUGGAACUGCAAAACAGAUAUCUGUACAAGAUGUUGGAACUGC